AUGGCGAGCCCCCCAGCACAGGAGCCGCCGCCGCCGCCGGGCAGCCCUCAGCUCAACCGCAACCACAACAACAAUAACCCGCAGCAGGAGCAGCAGGCGCCGGCCGACGUGCGCAAGUGCGGCUACCUGCGCAAGCACAAGCACGGCCACAAGCGCUUCUUCGUCCUGCGGGCGGGCGGCGGAGGCGAGGAGGCGUCGCAGCAGCAGCAGCCGGCGCGGCUGGAGUACUACGAGAGCGAGAAGAAGUGGCGGAGCAAGGCGUCGGCGCCCAAGCGGGCCAUCGCCCUCGACGCCUGCCUCAACAUCCACAAGCGCGCCGACGCCAAGCACAAGCACCUGGUGGCCCUCUACACGCGCGACGAGUACUUCGCGCUGGCCGCCGAGAGCGAGGCCGAGCAGGACGCCUGGUACCGCGCGCUCACCGACUUGCUGCGCCACGGCCCGGCCGCGGGCCACGCGGGCGGCCAGGGCUCCCCUCCGGCCGCCGAGGACUCGGCCUGCUCGGGGCCGCCGCAGCCCUUGGGGCCCCCGGCCUACCGCGAGGUGUGGCAGGUGACGCUGAAGGCCAAGGGCCUGGGCCAGAGCCGCCAGCUGACGGGCGUGCACCGGCUGUGCCUGGCGGCGCGCACGGUGGGGCUGGUGCGCCUCAACUGCGAGCGGCCCGCCGUGACGCUGCAGCUCAUGAACAUCCGCCGCUGCGGCCACUCGGACGCCUUCUUCUUCAUGGAGCUCGGCCGCUCCGCCGCCACCGGCCCCGGGGAGCUGUGGAUGCAGGCCGACGACGCCGUGGUGGCGCAGAACAUCCACGAGACCAUCCUGGACGCCAUGAAGGCCUUGCGGGAGCUGGCCGAGUUCCGCCCGCGCAGCAAGAGCCAGUCCUCGUCUUCGUCCUCCUCCGGCGGCGGCGCGGGGGGCUUCUCGACCGUGGGCAGCCGGCCCAUCUCGGUGCCCGGACGGCGCCAUCCCCACCCGCCGCCGCCUCCCCCUCCCGCGGGCGCGCUGCAGCCCAGCCAGACGGGCCUCCUCCGCCGGUCGCGCACCGACACGCUGGCUCUGGCGGCCGCAGGGGGCAGCAGCCGGGCGCGGACGGCCAGCGAGGGCGACGGGGGGCGCGCAGCAGCAGCAGGAGGAGGGGGCUCGCCGGCUGGCAGCCCGCUCAGCCCCGGGGCCGCCCGCGCCCCGCACACGCUGGCCACCUCUGCCUCCUGCCGGCCGGGCCGAGCACUGGCCCUGGGCCACUCGCCCUCCGCCCUCUCCAAGCUGGCCUUGGAGCCGGGCCUCCUCGCCAAGCGGCCCUCCGGCAGCAGCGCCUCCGGCUCUCCGGGCGACCCCGCCGCUUUCCUGGCCUUCGAGGACCUCGGCUCCAGCCCUGGGGGGGACCCGCGGCCCUUCUCCUCGCAUAGCGACACCCCCGAGACCCCGCCCGGCCAGCAGCUGGACGGCUACAUGGCCAUGGAGCGGGGGCGCCUCUGCUACCGCCCUUACCCGGGGGACGGAGCGCCCCGGAUGCGCACCUACUCCUUGACCACGCCGGCACACCAGCGCCCCUUGCCCCUGCCCUUGUCCUCCGCCUCCCUGGACGAGUACACCCUCAUGCGGGCCACCUUCCCCGCCACAGUGGCCUCUUCCAGGACCGCCUACAACCCUUACCCGGAGGACUACUGCGACCUGGAGAUUGGCUCUGGGGGCACCAGCAGUAGCAGCAGCUCCCAUCUGGGGCCUGGCGGGGGCGUGGAGGAAGGCUACAUGCCCAUGAGCCCCGGAGUGGCCUCAGUCUCCCCAGGGAAAUCUUGCUCCAACCCUUACAUGCCCAUGAGCCCCACCAGCGUGUCGGCCCCACAGCAGAUCUUGCAGCCUCGCCCCUACAAGACCAGUAGCGAGAGUUCCCCCGACGACAGUGGCUACAUGCGCAUGUGGGGCCCUGGGGCCCGGCUGUCUGGGGAGAGCCCCGACGGGCGGCUGGUCAACGGCGACUAUCUCAACAUGUCCUCCUUGCUGCAGGGAUCUGCCCCCACUUCUGCUUCUCCUCUGCCUUCCCCUGACAGCGUCGGGGUCCUGGGACUUGGGGGGCGCCCCAACUGCCUGUGCGGCCCUUUGGCCCACACUAGCCGGAGACGGCCGAGCUUGCUGGGCGAGGAGAAAGACAGGGACCAGUAUGUGCAUAUGAACUCCCUAGCAGGGAUGCUGGUCCAAGCCCCGAAAGGGGAGACUUCGCCUGCCCCGUGCAACCGCAUGGUGAUGCCUUUGCCCAUAUACCACAGGCAGACGGAAAGCUCUCCCAGCCAGCCAGUCAGGUUGCCCAGUCACAGUGGGAUGCAACCCAGUCACCGUUCCUUGGGGACGUUGCCACUCAGUCGGAACAAGGAACUCUUUCCAGGUAAACUCCAAAGCCCCAGUGGGGACUAUGUCAGCCUGGGAUACUCAGUGGCAUCACCUGGUGGUCUUUUCUCGCUCCGCUCUGGCCUAGGUGGACCUCCAGGCUCUCCUCUUUCCAACUAUAUGAACCUCAACCUGAAUGGGUCGCACUUGGGCACCGUUUCAGUGGGAUCCAUGGAAGAUGUCCUUUUACCACGAUCCUGCCCCAGCCUGGGGCAGCCGGAUGAGCAUUCCCUAAAGAUGGAGAUGGGAGGAGCCUGCCUUUCUAGCCCAUCUUCUGAAGUAGGGGACUAUGCAGAGGUGGCUUUUUCAACAGCGACCACCCCGCCUCAGCCCAUCUCACACCAGCCAGAGAGCCCUCGUGCCGCCAGCCCUGUGGCUGGCCUGAAACGACUCACGAUCUCCGGGGUGGAAGCCUUCCUCUUUGCCAGCCCUCCUCCCGAUCCCAAUCAUGGAGCUAAAGUCAUCCGGGCGGAUCCUCAGGGGCGCCGGAGGCACAGUUCGGAGACAUUCUCUUCCACGACCACCGUGACCCCUGUCUCGCCUUCCUUUGCACACGUCCCCAAGCGACACAACUCGGCUUCUGUGGAAAACGUGUCCCUCAGGAAAAACGAAGGCUUUGUGGAGGAGCAGAACAGUAGUCCCAUGUGCCGGGAGACCUCAGCCGGCUUCCAGAAUGGCCUCAACUGCAUUGCUGUGGAUGGGGAGGGAGACCAUCUGGCAAACGGCAGCCUGAGCAGGCCCAAAGCGAGGCACCCCCUCGACAGGGGUAUCAAUGACACUUAUGCCAGUAUGGACUUCCUGGCCCACAAUGGGAAAGAAGCCGCUUCUGUGAAAGUUUGUUAGAAUUGAUUCCAUGUUGAUCCCAGAGAACAAGAGACCCAGUUGGUAAGGAACGUCUUUCUUUUUUUCCUU